ACCGGUUUUAAUUUUAACUAUAAAUAAUAUAAGAUAAAUUCGAUGAAAAAGAAAACAGAAAUACCACAAAGUAUUUGGAAAAAAAAGAAGUGGGAACCUUAAAAUCGAUAUUCAGCCACGAAUCAGAGUCGGUGGUGACUCUGGUCCAAACCCCGACAACUCUUGUUGUGGCUGAAUUCGACACUCCGGAACCUGGUUCAUUGUUUUCUGCAGCGGUUUUGCUCAAGUCCUUUUUCUUAACAUUAACUGAUAAUUGGGUUAGGGUUUUGGGGCAACGAGAAAUGGCAAGAAUAGUGAAAAGUUGCAUACAGUCGUUAUUAAAAAUGGUGAAUUCGGUGAUGGGAAUGGUGGGAAUUGCUGUUGUUUUGUAUGCCAUGUGGUUGAUUUGGGUUUGGCAGAAACAGAUGGGUGAGUCCCCCUUUGGUGAUGAUACCGAUGGUUCGGCUCCAUGGUUUAUUUACACUUUCCUUGGCCUUGGGGUCACUUUGUGUGUUAUCACAUGCUCAGGUCAUAUUGCUGCAGAAACUGUAAACAGUUGCUGCCUCUAUUUAUAUAUGUUGUUUGUUAUUUUGCUUCUUAUGCUGGAGGCCGUGGUGACUGCUGAUGUAUUUCUGAACCGUGAUUGGGAGGAGGACCUUCCAGAGGAUCCAAGUGGUAGUUUUACCCAAUUUAAAGAUUUUAUCAGGUCAAAUUUUCUAUUCUGCAAAUGGAUAGGCUUGUCAAUUGUCUCUGUACAGGGACUAUCUUUUCUCCUGGCCAUGGUACUAAAAGUUCUUGGACCAGAUCGAUAUUAUGAUAGUGAUGAUGAUUAUACUCCUGAUAGGGUUCCACUCCUGAGGAAUUCUGUUCACCCACAGACCUACAUGGUUGGAGAUCCCAUUUAUGCAUCCAAAACUGAUGCUUGGACUAUCAGGAUCAAUGAGAAGGCAAACAGGUGACAAGGUUUGAUCUCAAACUCAGAUGGAUAGGAAAUGGAAGCCCAGAGAAGAUUAAAUUCAAUAUAAAAGUUUAAAGUGGAUAAGUUUCUGACAAACUUUGAGUUGGUACAAUUGUCUUUUCUUGUAUAGAUAUUGUCCCAAUUACUGUUUUGGAUUUCGAAUGAUGAAAUAUUAUAUGUUGUUAGAAAGAUCGAUUUCAUAUAAUGUGAACAAUAAUAGUAUCAUUUAGUAAGAUGAGGAAAAUUUUAAAUGUCUUA